AACCAAGCCAGAUUCCCCCGCAUUUUCCCAAUUACAUCAUGAAACGAAGCAAGCAGCAAAUGUUUUCUUCUUCCUGUCAUUCUCCUCCAUCAGACCUACCACUUGAAUCCAUCCUAUAUUUUGCCUUCGAAAUCAAUCACUAUCCUGCGACCUUUUUUGCCCGCAUCCCAUCAACCCGCUUUUCAGUACACUCGUACUCUGACCCGGAACUACUAUAUAACCCACCCUGUAAAUCGUCACACUAUGGUCCUUGCGCGCGCCGCGAUUGUCCGUGCAUCCGUCAGGGGCAUCAACGCCAUCGGAAGAAACCCCACCCAGCAAAUUGGACGACGCACCUACGCCGCGGCCUACAAGACGAGGAAGACGAGCGAUAUGCCGUGGAUGCUUAUAUCCGUUGCGGUUGCUGGGCCCGGGGUGUGGUAUUUGUAUGAGCCUCGCCCCGCAAAGACCGGUCACCAUGAGAGCCACGGGGAUGAAAAAACAUGAAGUGGUGGCGGACCUUGAUAAUUGGGCCCAGGAGCUCGGAACGAUGGGGAUGGGUCUAGUCGCUUAAUGCUAUGGUUAUGAUAUGUGACGGCGACUCAAUGGAUUUAUGGAAUACGGUAAGCCUUGUGCAGGACCAGAAUGUAUCGAAGAACAGCCAUAUCGCCCCGACAGGAGUCGGGGCAUGUUUUGCAUUUGCAUUAGCAUUAGUAUUAUUAGGAACGUUAAUGAGUAGCUACCCGAUUAUAACCGCUCCUUCAUGAAUCAUCACUAUAUCCAUUGAAUCACACUCUUUUUGACGCAAGAUGAGCCAGCGUGGUAC